AUAGAAAGAGUCUUAAGACAGAGCACUGUUGUUUUCAGACUCUAUAGGGAUACUAGACUUGAAGACUAUCUUUAGACUUUUGGGGAAACAUAAAUUGACACUAAAAAAUAGAAAAACAAACAAAAAAAAAGAAGAGUGGGGCUAUUCUUUUCUUUCUAUGUCAUUAGUUUUCCCUAUUGGAUCAUUUGCACAUGUGACCCUCUUCAAUACGAAAUCAUCCUCACCCUUCAUCUGUUCUUGACACGUACCACACAUAUCGACACUACCAAAUUCUGUUCCACCAAAACUUUAAUAAUAUAAUGCAUAUUGGGCAGAGAGUGGAAAAUUCAUCCCAUCUACUUAUUCCCCCAUUAAGGUUUUCUUUAGCCUAAGCUUCUCCCUACACAUUUUUAUAGUUGUUUUUUCACGUCGGUCUCAACUCUAAAGGAAUUUAUGCCUCGUUGACAUGUCAAGAAGUUGAGUUCAUAGCUAAUAGAUUUUACUGACUUUUUUCUACAAAAUGGCGUUAAUAUAAAGCGGCUAUUCCCUGUCAUCCGAGUGCCCAAUAUCAGAGUGAAAUAGAAGCCCUUCCUUAUAUGUAUAUGUUUUCAUAUCCACAUGUAUUUACUAAUCAUGUAGCUCCUCUAGGCACAAUCCAGAGCAGUGAAAUGGAAGGGGAGGUAGUAAAGUCCAGGUUCAAAAGGGUUUGUGUGUUUUGUGGGAGCAGCACAGGAAAGAGGGACUGCUAUAGAGAUGCAGCCAUUGAUUUAGCUCAGGAGCUGGUUUCCAGAAGAUUGGGGCUUGUUUAUGGAGGUGGAAGCAUUGGGCUAAUGGGUCUGGUUUCACAAGCUGUUCAUCAUGGUGGCGGCAGAGUCAUGGGUAUCAUUCCCAGGACAUUAAUGAACAAAGAGAUAACUGGAGAAACAGUGGGGGAGACAAGACCAGUAGACAACAUGCACCAAAGGAAGGCAGAAAUGGCCCGCCAUUCAGAUUGCUUUAUAGCCCUACCAGGUGGGUAUGGAACUAUGGAAGAACUGUUAGAAGUCAUCACAUGGGCUCAACUAGGCAUCCACGACAAACCAGUUGGGUUGCUGAAUGUGGAGGGCUACUACAACAACCUCCUCACUUUCAUCGACCAAGCAGUGGACGAUGGUUUCAUAAAACCAUCACAACGCAAGAUCAUAGUGUCAGCACCCAACGCCAAGGACCUGGUUCAGAAACUAGAGGAAUACGUGCCUGUACACGAGGAAGUGAUGGGCAAACCGAGAUGGGAAAUUGAGCAGCCACAGCCACAGCAACCGAAAAACCAAGUGGGGUUCGAACCCAAAACUUUCCACGCUCAGAUCGCCCUGUAAAGUUGAAACAUGAAAAGAAAGGGAAAAAAGAUCGAGUGAAAGAAAUGGAAAAGAGGAGUUUGGUGAUUUUGGGUCGUUGUCGUGAUCAUAAUCAUCAUGUUACCUAAUUGUUGUAUAAUUGGAUUGGAUGUGAAAAAUGUUCACAGAGAUAAGAUUGACCAAAUCAAUGAAAUCGGUGGGACCUUCUACUCUUUUGAUUGUAAGCCUUAUGGAAUAAUAUCAUUAAGAUUAAGACCAAAAA